AUGCGCAACCUGGGGUUAGUGACGAAAACCAGAUUUGGCUUACCCGCCCACCGCUUCACUUGUGGUAUUUGUGUUCCUGCCUCGUGUCAGCCACCUUCUAUUGUUAAGCUCGUCAGAAGCAUGUACUUAGGAACCCACUUCAGAGCUAUAUUGAGGGCGAAUAUUACUGUUGAUGGUUGUCCAUUAGCUGGUACAAAAGAGGAAUAUUCAACUGCAUAUUAUUUGUUCAUGUAA